CCUAACAACCAGCAAGGGGCCCUUGGAGGGAGGUCCCGUCCCGUCGGUCGGUCGUGGACGCGACGUCCCAGGUCCCGACUCCCGUCCCGACAGGGGUGGCUAAUAACUCGGCCUGCCCUCGCGCGCGCUCUGGGAGGGGAGGAGUGAUUGACCACGUCUCACUUCCUGUCCACCUCUCAACGUCUCUGCUGCUCUCUUCGCCCAGCCUGACCGCUUGCCGACCUGUGUUUUGUCUCCCUCGGGAGCCGUCGCUCUCACCGCUCCCCUCGCCCUCCCUCGUCAUUGUCGCCGUCACCUUCAACGUCGCCCCGCUGUCGCCCCGUCGCCUGGGUGGUGGUGGUCCAAGCAACUCGCGCUGUUGGUGCUCUUCCUUCGCCGCGUAACAACGCGUUGCCGCCGCCUGUCGUACCCUGCCAACCCGACCUCAACCACGCGAUUGACCUCCCUCGUUACGCCGUGUGCACUCCACUUGCGCCCACCUCUGAGCGUCAACUCGGUUCUCUGUGCGCUGUGGUGGCCGCCGUCGCGCGCGCGCUCGCGCUCUCAUCCGUGCCGACUUCGCGUGGCCUGGCCCCGACUUGCCGUCCAUCUACCCGCUCCGCUGCGAGUACUACUACAGUUUCUGCCGCCGAGGUGCCGUCAACAUGAGCCAGGUAAAGAACCUGCGCGCCAUGUUCGAAAAUAAAGGGGAUGCGAGCCCGGAUAGAGGGAGAUCGCCUGCUGGUGUCUCAGUCUCCCAUUCCAACCCCGCAGGUGCGUAUGUUCUACCAGCUUGUUCUAGUAUAGUAUACGGACUCUGUCGUAACUGUGCGCUCCCUGUUGUCGUGGCGGCAAUUGCAACUGGCAAGUGGCAGGCCCGGUCGCACCCGCAGCUGGUCCCGGCUUACACACCUCCCUGCUCCCUUCGCUUGAUACACAGCAGCCCAGGCCUUCUCUUUCCUUUGUCCGCCUCGCCCUUUUACCUGCCGGUUUUACAAGACGACGCAAGCCCCUUGACUUUGGCCAAAUACCAGGGGCACGACCUCUACCGUAGUAGCUGGUCUGAGGCCUACCCUGCUACACGUCUGAGCCCACCCAUAAAACGCCGCCGCUGAUAAAGGAGCGUCUGACCUAGGUCCCGACGGUGUCGUCUCCCCAAGACCGCUGUCCAAAGUUCGAACCAACUUCGUCGCUAUCGAGAAGGACGGCCGCAUAGGGCUGCGACGAGAUCCUAGCGGAGAGUCAAGCUUAUCGAGACGACGCACAAGUAUCGAUACUGAUGUCGAGUCGGCUACCACUGUCCCCGAGAAGCCCGUGAUACCAUUAAUCGACCACCUGGGCAAGCCUGCGCGCAAAGCCGUGGUUGCUGAGCCAAUGCAACAGUCUGCAAUGGCUCCGGAUGAUUACUUCCAGGCUUCUGGUGACCCUGGAACCACCCGUGAUGCCAAUCAUCACAAGCGUGCUGAAGUCGAUAGCCCUGCUGCCUCAUCCGCCGGGGCUGAGCCUCCUACGAAGCUCAACUCUGGGAGCAGUCAUCGCAUGCAGAGCACCUCCACAAACGUCCCGCCGGACUCCGCUCCAAAUGCACAAAGGGUUCCCGAUGCACAAUCAAAGAUUCCCCCAACGACCGCAAAGGUCCCCCUCAAGGCGAGUUCUGGCUCACUCAACAAGAACUCCAAGCUACCAGCAACGAAGACCAAGUCUUCAUCAGUGCUCAAAACAGCUGGCAGCAUACCCGCUCCUACAUUAGCUGCGAAAGCCGCCGAAAAACAAGGGCAUGAACUUGACCCCUCCUCAUCGAAACGGGGCUUGGCCACAGCACGGUCGCAUACACGAUCGUCCACCGCCGCCGGCAGAGCUCAAGCCCUGAAAUUGGGCGGCCAAGGCGAUACUGGUUUCGUCAAACCCAAGUCGAAAUCCCCGACAAAGCCGGUGAACAUUUCAUCCUCCCUGAUAGCGCCAACCGCCUCUUCUGCCUCACGUGGUGGUAACUCAAGACAGUCUCUGUCCCGACAAUCCAGCAGCCCCCAAAACGGUGGAGCUUCCGUUCAACACUCUGCACGAGCGAGUUUGCCGGCAAUUACGUCCACCCACCUGGGGAAGCUACCCGUGUCUGCAAUUGGCCGUCCCAGACCAAGUGUUGGCCCUCCACCGGGCAGGUCAUCGCAAGUGGACCCAAACGUUGCAAAACGACCUAGCCAUGUCGAUGAGGGAUUCCUUGCGCGAAUGACCCGGCCAACACAGGCAUCCUCGUACAAGACGGCGCGAAAGAGCCCCUCGUCACCUCCAAGGAGGCUCAAGCCGAGGCAAGCCGCCACCGCGAAUGUUGUUGGGCAAGCUACCUCCCAUGGACAGGCCAAUCAAGACCAGGCAAGAGUGACAAAGAACGUGGCCACAAACUCGCUAUCGACAGCGCCAUCCUCAUCUGCAGCCGAUGUAAAGACACAAUCUGCAUCCCAGAUAGCUGCUGGUCAAUACAUCCAGGAUAACGACAGUUCUCCAGUUGAAGUGUGCCACCCUGCGGUAGCGGUGGCGGAUCCAGCACCCGCAGAACAUGUCUCACCAAUCAUCCAAUCUGGAACGGCAGACCCCAACACCGCUGCCUUUCAGGAGGUGACCGAGCCAGCGAGUGUGCUUGAAAGGUCGAGUGAUGUCGAGGUCGCCCGAGAGGAGACUGUUGAGCGCGACGAUAUCGAAGUUAUGCUUCCCGAGACGACUGAAGCUGGGUCCGAGUUAUCUGUAGUAGUUGGGCCGUCGCCAGACUCGACUCAGGCACUCGUUGCCGACCUACCGACAAGCAACGCAGAUGAUGUGAGCGUGCCCAAAGUCAUGGCCACCCAGGCAGCAGGUACCUUAUGUGUACAGGCGAAGAACGAUAUGGCAUCGCCACCGCCUUCGAAGUCGCCAACUCUGACAGAGUCAGCUACGCGUACAGAGCCGAAUCUUGACGGGGAGGUAGGAGACAACUCCACUGUAGGAGAGCUGCCCAACGAAGGUGCAGAAUCUCCUGCGGAUGCUAUUGCAGCUGGCACAGGAAAUAUCAAGCAGUCUGUUGAGGCGUAGUUUGAAAUGGUCUUCGCGAUGAUAACGCCCAACGUCGAUGAAGGUCAGCUGCUCGGAUGAACAGCCUGGAAUUCUUGGCCAGGCGCACUGUACAGUCCGAGGUGGAGGAUGAGGAAAUUGACGAUGCUUGUUCAUUCGUGAGGUGGCUGGGCGAAGCAUAGAAACGCAUUUCCAAUUCGGACGGGCGCAAGUUGGCGUACGUACUGCGCAAACAUGAUACCUGGAGUAUUCGUAACAUUGCUUUGUCAAUAGCGACACCGAUUAGCAAGAUAUUGGCACAAUUUCAAGAAUGCAGCGUUGUGUGGCGGCCUCGUGCUGCGGACUAUGACCUGGUUGGACACAGCCAUAAUAAGCUAUCUUACAUUCCAUACAAUGUUUAGCCUCUGCAGCCGAAGUUGGCCCAAG